AUGGAAGGAUUAACAAUCAAGCAACAAAACGGAUUCACUUAUUUUGUAUAUGAUAAACCUCAAGAAAAUUCUGAACAAAGAACGGUAAUUAUCGGAGAAAAUCGAGAAGAUAAACAAGGAAAUGUUAUUGGUUAUAAUUGUAUUUAUCGUUAUGAUAUUACAAUUGGAUGUUGGCAAAGAUUUCCUGUAGAAUAUUCAAAUCUUGUAUAUAAUCGUAUUCGAGUUUCAGAGUAUAAUGAACAACUUGUAACUAGAAUUAAACCAUUAGAUCAACAAUUUUCUGAUUUAGAACAACUUUCAAAUCAAAAUAAACUAACAUUACCAUCUAUUGCAAAAGAAGAACGUAUUCCAGAAGAUGUUGUUGAUUAUGGUUCACGUUCAAAAUUAAAUAGUUUAGCUGCACCACCAGUUGCACCACGUCAAAGUCGACAAAAUAGUGCAUGUAGUGUUCGAUAUGCUUCCAGCAGCACCUGUUCAUCGACGUCUUGUUAUCGAAUCAAUCCUUUUACAUGUUCAACGAAAAAAAAAACAUUUGAAAAAAUCGUUGAUAUUAUUAAACGAAGAGAAACAAUAACAAUGUUUGAUUUAGGACUAAGAUUUUUACGUGUAUAUGAUGGCAACUUUAAUUAUCGAGAAGGACAUGAAAUCACAUAUGUUGAUUGUUCAGUAGGUGAUAUUGAACCACGACUAGUAUUGAUACUUAAUUAUAAAGGUCAAUAUACAAAUGUACAUAUUUAA